GACAGUCUAGCCUUGCAAGCGUUCUGUCCCACACUAGGAACGGGCGUUUUUCGGGCUGCUCUCGAUGGUAUCUUUGGACGGAUAGAGGGGGCCGCGCAAAGUCUUAUGGGACAAUAAUGGCCGCUUUCAAGGUGCGGGUUUUGGUUCUCUAAGGCGGUCUGAGCGAGGAGUGGCGGCGCCAGCGCCCCAGAAUCCGGGACAGAAGGUCCCGAGAGUCGGGCUUGGUGAGAGAAAUCCCAGAGCCUGCCAUGGAGGACACCAGCGAGGAUGCCUCGAUCCAUCGAUUGGAAGGCACUGAGGUGGACUCCCAGGUUGGCGGUCUUAUUUUCAAGACCAAAAGUGCAUCUAGUGAGCAGCAUGUCUUCAAGGCCCCUGCUCCCCGCCCUUCAUUGCUGGGACUAGACUUGUUGGCUUCCCUGAAAAGGAGGGAGAGAGAGGAGAAGGAUGACGGGGAGGACAAGAAGAAGUCCAGAGUCUCUUCCUAUAAGGACUGGGAAGAGAGCAAGGAUGACCAGAGGGACGCUGAGGAGGAGGGCGGUGACCAGGCUGGCCGCAGUAGCCGAAAAGACAGACAUUAUCGAUCUGCUCGGGUAGAGACUCCAUCCCAUCCUGGUGGUGUGAGUGAAGAGUUCUGGGAACGCAGUCGGCAGAGAGAGCGGGAGUGGCGGGAACAUGGUGUCUACGCCUCGUCCAAAGAAGAAAAGGAUCGGAAGAAGGAGAGGUCGAGGGAUCGAGACUGUGACCGCAAGAGAGACAGAGAUGAGCGGGAUAGAAACAGGCACAGCAGCAGAUCGGAGCGAGAUGGAGGGUCAGAGCGCAGCGGCAGAAGAAACGAACCUGAGAGCCCCCGACACCGGCCUAAAGAUGCAGCCACCCCUUCAAGGUCUACCUGGGAUGAAGAGGACAGUGGCUAUGGCUCCUCAAAGCGCUCACAGUGGGAAUCGCCCUCCCCAACACCUUCCUAUCGGGAUUCUGAGCGGAGUCAUCGGCUGUCCAGUCGAGAUAGGGACAGGUCUGUGAGGAGCAGGUACGCAGACGACACGCCUCUGCCAACCCCGUCCUACAAAUACAAUGAGUGGGCCGAUGACAGAAGACAUCUGGGGUCCACCCCACGUCUGUCCAGGGGCCGAGGGAGACGUGAGGAUGGCGAAGAAGGAAUUUCAUUUGACACAGAAGAGGAACGGCAGCAAUGGGAGGACGACCAGAGGCAAGCUGACCGGGAUUGGUACAUGAUGGAUGAGGGAUAUGAUGAGUUCCACAACCCGCUGGCCUACUCCUCCGAGGACUACGUGAGGAGGCGGGAGCAGCAUCUGCACAAACAGAAGCAGAAGCGCAUUUCGGCCCAGCGGAGGCAGAUCAAUGAGGAUAACGAACGCUGGGAGACCAACCGCAUGCUCACCAGCGGGGUGGUGCAUCGGCUGGAGGUGGACGACGACUUUGAAGAGGACAGUGCAGCCAAGGUCCAUCUGAUGGUGCAUAACCUGGUGCCUCCCUUUCUGGAUGGGCGCAUCGUCUUCACCAAGCAGCCAGAGCCUGUGAUUCCAGUCAAGGACGCCACUUCUGACCUGGCCAUUAUCGCUAGAAAAGGCAGUCAAACAGUGCGGAAGCACAGGGAGCAAAAGGAACGCAAAAAGGCUCAACACAAACACUGGGAACUGGCUGGAACCAAACUGGGAGAUAUAAUGGGCGUCAAAAAAGAGGAAGAGCCGGAUAAAGCUCUGACAGAGGACGGUAAAGUGGACUACAGGGCAGAGCAGAAGUUUGCAGACCACAUGAAGAAAAAGAGCGAAGCCAGCAGUGAAUUCGCAAAGAAGAAGUCUAUUCUGGAGCAGAGGCAGUACCUGCCCAUCUUUGCUGUGCAGCAGGAGCUGCUCACGAUUAUCAGAGAUAAUAGCAUCGUGAUCGUGGUUGGGGAGACAGGGAGUGGUAAGACCACUCAGCUGACCCAGUACCUGCACGAAGACGGUUACACGGACUAUGGGAUGAUUGGGUGCACCCAGCCCCGCCGUGUGGCUGCCAUGUCGGUGGCCAAGAGAGUCAGUGAAGAGAUGGGGGGCAGCCUUGGUGAGGAGGUGGGUUAUGCCAUCCGUUUCGAAGACUGCACUUCAGAAAGCACCUUGAUCAAGUACAUGACCGAUGGAAUCCUGCUGCGAGAGUCCCUGCGGGAAGCGGACCUGGAUCACUACAGCGCCAUCAUCAUGGACGAGGCCCACGAGCGCUCCCUCAACACCGACGUGCUCUUUGGGCUGCUCCGGGAGGUGGUGGCUCGGCGCUCAGACCUGAAGCUCAUUGUCACGUCGGCCACCAUGGAUGCAGAGAAAUUUGCUUCCUUUUUUGGGAAUGUCCCCAUCUUCCACAUCCCUGGUCGUACGUUCCCUGUUGACAUCCUCUUCAGCAAGACCCCCCAGGAGGAUUAUGUGGAGGCCGCAGUGAAGCAGUCUCUGCAGGUGCAUCUGUCGGGGGCCCCCGGGGACAUCCUUAUCUUCAUGCCUGGCCAAGAGGACAUCGAGGUGACCUCAGACCAGAUCGUGGAGCAUCUGGAAGAACUGGAGAAUGCGCCCGCCUUGGCUGUGCUGCCCAUCUAUUCCCAGCUGCCUUCUGACCUCCAGGCCAAAAUCUUCCAGAAGGCUCCGGAUGGCGUUCGGAAGUGUAUUGUCGCCACCAACAUUGCUGAGACCUCUCUGACUGUCGAUGGCAUCAUGUUUGUUAUCGAUUCUGGUUAUUGUAAAUUAAAGGUCUUCAACCCCCGGAUUGGCAUGGACGCCCUGCAGAUCUACCCCAUCAGCCAGGCCAAUGCCAACCAGAGGUCGGGGCGAGCCGGCAGGACGGGCCCAGAAAUGAAACAAGUACAUAGGAGACUCCAGCAGAAUGGUGAAUUGGCAGGACUGAGUUUUGAGCUCUACACCCAGAGCGCCUACAAGAACGAGCUCCUGACCACCACGGUGCCCGAGAUCCAGCGGACCAACCUGGCCAACGUGGUGCUGCUGCUCAAGUCCCUGGGGGUGCAGGACCUGCUGCAGUUCCACUUCAUGGACCCGCCCCCGGAGGACAACAUGCUCAACUCCAUGUAUCAGCUCUGGAUCCUCGGGGCCCUGGACAACACAGGCGGUCUGACCUCGACCGGGCGGCUGAUGGUGGAGUUCCCGCUGGACCCGGCCCUGUCCAAGAUGCUCAUUGUGUCCUGUGACAUGGGCUGCAGCUCCGAGAUCCUGCUCAUCGUCUCCAUGCUGUCGGUCCCAGCCAUCUUCUACAGGCCCAAGGGCCGAGAGGAGGAGAGCGAUCAAAUCCGGGAGAAGUUCGCAGUCCCUGAGAGCGACCACCUGACCUACCUGAAUGUCUACCUGCAGUGGAAGAACAACAAUUACUCUACCAUCUGGUGUAACGAUCAUUUCAUCCAUGCCAAGGCCAUGCGGAAGGUCCGGGAGGUGCGGGCUCAGCUCAAGGACAUCAUGGUGCAGCAGCGGAUGAGCCUGGCCUCGUGUGGCACCGACUGGGACAUUGUCAGGAAGUGUAUCUGUGCUGCCUAUUUCCACCAGGCAGCCAAGCUCAAGGGAAUCGGGGAGUAUGUGAAUAUCCGGACCGGCAUGCCCUGCCACCUGCACCCCACCAGCUCCCUCUUUGGAAUGGGCUACACCCCAGACUACAUUGUGUAUCACGAGUUGGUCAUGACCACCAAGGAGUACAUGCAGUGUGUGACUGCCGUGGACGGAGAGUGGCUGGCAGAGCUGGGCCCCAUGUUCUACAGCGUGAAACAGGCAGGAAAGUCUCGGCAGGAGAACCGCCGACGGGCCAAAGAGGAAGCCUCUGCCAUGGAGGAGGAGAUGGCACUGGCCGAGGAGCAGCUGCGGGCCCGGCGGCAGGAGCAGGAAAAGCGCAGCCCCCUGGGUAGUGUCAGGUCUACAAAGAUCUACACCCCAGGUCGGAAAGAGCAAGGGGAACCCAUGACCCCUCGCCGCACACCAGCCCGCUUUGGGCUCUGAGCUGAGGCUGUCCCUGGAGAGGAGGGGGGCCAGGUGUUGAGUCCUGAGCCCUGUGGCUGCAGCGCCCAGGCCUGCCGACAAAACCCUUUCACCUGUGUGCUUUCAUUUGUGUACAUCAUGGCCUUGGGGGCACCUGUUGAGGCCAGGCUCUGCCAUGGAGGAGGUGGGAGUUUCUUGGUGCAGGCGCGGGGCCGCAGAGCAGCUGCCAGGACCACGAGAGGUGGCCGGACCCACCGUAUUCAAAUAAACUGUCCCCGGGACACUUGGUGUAUAAAUGACACGGCUGUGACUAUGUUUUUUAAAAUUCUUGUGUAAAACAGCACAAUAGACCUAGAGGGAAUUAUAAUUUGGUUAUAAUUCAGGAUUUGGAAAUAAAUUUAUUGUUUGUAAAA